AUGGCAGAAAAGCAGAAGAUAGUCGUCGUCGGCAAUGGUAUGGCGGGUGCGCGGUUCGUGGAAGAGGUGCUGUCGCUUGGCGGGCAGGAUCAGUACGACAUUACCGUAUUUGGCGAAGAGCCAUACGGGAAUUACAACCGCAUCCUGCUGUCGGGAGUGCUUGCGGGCACGCAUGACGCUAAGGACAUAUUUAUCAACCCGCUGCCAUGGUACGAGGAGAACGACAUCACGCUGCAUGCAGGAGUGCGCGUCAUCGCAUCGACCGAAAGUCGAAGACGGCUUACGGCGCGGGCGGGCUUCUCGUGCCAUACGACAAGCUGGUAG